GCGGGCAUCGGGUCACCAGCAUCAGGUCAUUUGGCUCGACCGCGGGCACCGCGUCAUCUGGCAAGGCAGUGGGCUCCGAGUCAACUGGUAUGACCGCGGGCACUGGGUCAGACAUUAGAUCGUCUGACUGGACAGCGGGCAUCGGUUCACCAGGCAUCAAGUCAUUUGGCUCGACAGCGAGCACCGCGCGUCAUCUGGCAAGGCAGUGGGCUCCGAGUCAACUGGCAUGACCGCGGGCACUGGGGCAGACAUUGAAUCGUCUGGCUGGACAGCGGGCAUCGGGUCACCAGGCAUCAGGUCAUUUGGCUCGACAGUGGGCACCGCGUCAUCUGGCAAGGCAGUGGUCUCCGAGUCAACAGCGCCCGACAGUGGGCACCGGGUCAUCAGGUACCGGAUUGUCUGGCUCGACAGCGGGCAUCGGGUCAUCAGGCAUCAGGUCAUUUGGCUUGCCAGCGGGCACCGCGUCAUCUGGCAAGGCAGUGGGCACCAAGUCACCAGGUACGACAGCGGGCUCUUAGUCAAUUGGCACGACAGCGGGCACCGGAUCAGGUACCGGAUCAUCUGGAUCAACAGCGGGCAUCGAGUCAACAUG